GUAUAUAAACUUAAAAUAAUACUGAAACAGAAUUAAAGAGGGUUAUAGACAUACAUAAACUCACACUCAUUUUGAAACGGAAUAGUUUUAGUUAGUCAAAUGUGUGCAACAGUUGUAAGAGUUGAAGAAUUUUACUUUUUCUAAUUUUUCUGCCUCCGACAAUUUUAAGUGAGGCUGCAUACUUGGUUCUUAAGGUACUUAAGAAUUAUAGAGGUUUAAACAACAUUUCCAAAUUUCCGAACUAUGGUUCCAACGGUGCUGUUGGUGUGUUGCACCCUCCUGCUGCUGCUCUACCACCUCCUACAUGACAUGUACCUGAUGUACCAGCGGCACUUCCCCCCUGGUCCCCUCUCCCUACCCCUCAUAGGCAACCUGCACCUGAUCAGCCCCAGGCUGCCUCAUCUCUCACUGCAGAGGCUGGGCACCAAGUACGGAAAGAUCUUCAGCCUGCGAAUGGGGCAUAUGGGUCGCGUGGUGUUCGUUCAGGACAUCGAUCACAUCAACCAGCUAUAUGAGUGCAAGUUCACGUGCGACCGGCCAGACAUUCCGAUCUUCAAGAAGGUCAACCAGGGGAUUGAAGGUAUAGGAUCAUGUCCGUACGACAAGCGAUGGUCCCAGAUGACAAAAGCAUUGCACAGUGGUCUAGCCAAGAUCUCCCAGGACAAACUCUAUGAAAUCUGCAUGCAUGCAUACAACCAGCUUUUUGCAAGACUGGAGCAGAACUCCAGGCCCAAUUACGACCCUCGGAGUGACGUAGUGGCCUGCUGCACGGCCAUGUUCAGCUCCAUCGUGUACGGGAUCGGCCUGGAGCCACUAGACUCCCCAGAGCUACAGACUCGGAUCAGGUACCACAACAUGAUACUGGAGCUGCUGAGUCCAACCAACGUGUACAACCUGGUCCCUGCACUUUGGAACCUGCCUCUACCCAUGAAGGCGAGAUUUGAGGCGUGUUUGAAGGAGAGAAAUGACCUGCUGGAAAACCAAUACAACAAGCACUGCGAGAGUUUCUCUGGAGGCAUAUCCAACCUGAUGGAGGCCAUCGCAGCGUUUGAGAUGGAGCAUCAGCCUUCAGAUGACAGCGUCACCAGGCACAACAUGUUCAUGUCAGCGUGGGCCGUCUAUCUUGCCAGCUGUGACACAACCGUGGAUAUGACACUGUGGAUGAUGCUGCACCUCUCCCUCAACCCUGAUGUUCAGUGUCGGAUACAGGAAGAGGUUGACACCGUCAUCACUGACCCAGACGCCGACAUCCUGCAGUCGAAACAGGCCCUUCACUACACAAGGGCCACAAUCCUGGAAUGCCUGCGUCUCGUCACUCCAAUCGCUGUGGGACUCCCCCGCCAGGCCACCAGAGACAUAGAGAUAGGCGGGUACAGGAUUCCCAGAGGAACAGUCAUCAUGCCCAACCAGUGGAAUGUUCAUCAUGAUGCGACCCAUUGGCCUGAGCCUUUCCAGUUCAAGCCGGAGCGUUUCCUGGACCAUAAAGGUCAUUUACUUCCCACACAACAUAUAUUCAACAAGAUGCCAUUUAUUCCAUUCGCCCGCGGGAAGCGACCAUGCCUCGGUCAGCACAUGGCUCAAGACAUUCUGCUAAUCUGCUUUGCCUCUUUACUGAAGAGGUACACCCUGCGACUUCCACCAAUGUUUACACCAGAUUUGAACGGACAUGUGAAGUUAAACUUGUGUCCCAACUAUUUUCCAUUGGAGGUGAUCCCACGAUGAACUUUUGUUUCCCAUACUUUCUAUUCAUUUGUUAGGCCUAUUUAUUGAAGAGGUGCACAUGUAUUAGCUGCAACUUUCACCAAAGUUCAGCCGGAUUUCAACGGAAAAGUGAAAUUUAACCUGCGUCCCAACUAUUUUCCAUUUGAGGUGAUUCCAUGAUGAACCAUGGGGUCCCAUGGCACCUCACUACCGCAAAUACCCAUCAAAUUAGACUCAAAGACUCUGUUAUUGAAUGACAUUGUACAUGUAGUAACAAUACAAGGAGACCGUGCUCUGGGAAAAAUGGGCUCAGUGCAUGUGCAUAAAGUGUUUUUCCGCCUAAAUUGGAUUUUUGCUAAGAAGAGACUUUAUUUAAACUGAAAAUGUCAUAAAAGCGGAAAGUGUAGUCCCUGAUUAGCCUGUGCAGAUUGCACAGGCUAAUCUGGGACAACACUUUACACACAUGCAUUAUGCCCAGUUUUCUCAGAACAAGACUCAAAGGGUUAACGCCCCAGAUGAGCAGGCCGCACUAUCUAAUCUGGAACAAUUCGUUUUGCACAUGCAUUAAAGCUUAUACUAGAACAAGAUGAUGCGACGCUGACCUUUAGACUCCCACAAAGUUCAAUUCCAGCAACCUCACAUGCAUGUACAUUGUUUGCCAAAUUAGGCUUGACGAAAAAAAAAAUUACCAGACAAAUGGAGAAAUUUCAUACACCUGAUACUUAUAAUUAAGUCAAUUUCUGAGCAAGGGAGAGCACUCAGAGCAGUAAAAAACCCUUCAAACCUGAACAAAUAUUGACUGAGCUGCAACAUGUCAUUAAAACACAGUUGGCACAGGGUGAUGUCAUCUUGUACUCUGUCAUCCACUGAGCACUGGGCUGGUUCCUAGUGGUGCAGUUAUCAUCAUCAUCAUCACCAUCAUCAUUAUAAUAUUUUGCACAUACCAUGUAUCAAAUUGUUCACAUACUGUUCAUCACAUUUUUCACAUACCAUUCAUCAUAUUUUUUCACAUAUCAUUAAUAAUAUUUUCACAUACUGUUUGUCACAUGUUUCACUACCGUUCAUCACAUUUUCACAUACUGUUGGGUGUUAAAGAAAUGGAUAAGUUGGAUAAUUCUCACAGUGACAAAUGAAACUUGUAUAAUUAUAUAACUGUAGAUAUGAGACUUGUAUAUAAGACUUUGUAAAUGCAGUGGGUUUUUUCACCAUUUUGGGAAUGGGACCGGGUUCUUUUGGAUUGGGUAAUAUUGCGUCAUUUGACUAUAAUUGAGUAAUUAAUGUUGAUUUUAUGGUUACAAAUACUUUUAAAUUAAUAAUAAAAGUGAUUUCAAUAUUAUAUUUUCUAAGGUUCAACUUAUAGAGCUGGAUUUGGGGAUGAAUAACAUGUUUAGACAUAUUUAAAAAAAAAUAAAAAAAUUUGGAAACCUUUUAUUGGAAAUUUUAAGGUCCCAUUCGGGCAAAACAUGUCUUUUUCCUAUAGAGAAUGGGUCCCCCUAGCGGACCCAAAUUUGAAAGAAAGAAACAACACUGAAGUGCCAUAAUAAUAACUUGACUCAAUUUUAAGCUAUCAUAUAGGUGCGAGCUUAAACACUUUGUUGUUGAUGUUUAUUAUGUUACUAUAAUUGUUAUUAUUAUAUAUUGUUAAUAUAAUUGACCAAGUUCAAUAAAGACAGGACUAUAAA